CUGUUCAAUCCACAGCAUCCAGGGUCUCCUGCUGACCUUCAGAAGGGAAAAUCUGGAAAAUACAUGAUUUUCACCUCUCACCAAACCACAAUAAUCCUGGACAACGGUGCUGACACCUUUCUAGGACAGCGUCUUUCCUUGACUCCGCCGAUCCCCACACCGCCCAUGCAUCAUUCAGCUAUCACUUCCACCAUGAUGCAUCCCUCUUCAUCCAUCAUGGCGUCUGCUCUCUCUCCUCUCAGUUCAGAUAUGACACGGUUGAUGGACGCAUUGCCCUUUAGAAAUUCCCUGGCUGGUGUCCACACAAGACAGUAUCGCCGCAACAACCUCGCCACAAUGCUGCCACCGCCGAGAUUAAGACCUCCUCGCUGACUGGUCUGCAAAUUCCGCUCAGCAUUAGUCAGACUUCUCAAUCCAUCUGCGCUGAAGGUCGUUGUGCACCGUGCACAGUGCAUCUACAAUGCUGGCCUCUGUACAAUCCAGGUGUCGCAGUGGGUGAGAAAGAAAGGAGGAAGAGGAGUGCCUGUCUGUCCAGAAAGAGGGAGCACGCCUGUUCUGCGCUCCAAUAUGGCAGACGGCACUGGCGUCAGAAGGGGAAAUCGGGUAAAUUCCAUUCCUUCGGGCAGACAGCUCAGGAGGACGCCUCCGAUGGGCCAUGUGAAGGAACAGCCGCACUUGUGCGAUGACGAGCAGUUCGACACCCCUUUCCCUCGCCGGGCACUGAUGCUGCACAGAAUGAAACCAAAGCAUACGGAGAUUUACCCCAUCGAUCAGAACAUGGGCUUCCCCCGUGUCCUCUGCAGCAUGCCAUCUGCAGUGACUGACACAAAGGACCAGGAGCCCAAGUCUCUGGUGGCCACCACAAAGGUGGAGGAUGUGCAGCGAGACAAAAGAAGGACGACGACGAUCACUCGGGAGGAAAACCUAGCAAACGGACAGAAAGAAGAGGCCGCACGAGCAAAGCAAAUCCUAGAGAAAAAGAGGGAGGUGCUGGUUGCCAAAUUGUCCAGUGUGAAACCUGAACUGGCCGAUGCGGAGGAGACCAAUAAAUCUCAGAAAAAGGUCCGUAUGCCCAAAAUGGCGGUGAUCCUGCAGAGUCCGGACCAAGCUGACAGUCCAGCCACCCCAAGCCAACUACAAAAGAAGAAAGGGGCAAUAGAGUCAAACAAAAUGGCCGAACCAUCGCAAGUCUCGACAAACCCAAGAGAGCCGGCGAAGACGUCUUUACGGACUAGGCAACCCAAAGGCAAGACGGGAAACGCUCUCGACGGCAGCACCGCCCCGCUGGAGGCCGCGAAGAGACCGACUAAGCACACGUCUGGAAAGUCGGCGAAGGAGACCAAGAGGACGCCGCUGAAAGGGCGGCAAGCGCCAACUUCCUCCUCAAAUCCAGUAGCGGCUACAAAGCGGAGAAAACCUCCCGCGCAAAGCUCAAAGGCCACGGCUUUACGGGAGAGCACGCCGAGCGUCGUGAACGGUGCGGCGGCAGGGUGUGCGUCACGACAGCCAGCUCGCACUUACGACAGAAGGAAAGCCACGGCCGCCGCCCACGAAAACGCGGGAAAGCCGGCGCCGACUAUCGGACUGAGAAGAUCCAAGAGAAUAGCCAACAUGAAGCCAUGAGUUCCGUGUUUUCAACCUCUUCCUAUGUCUGUUGCCUGCCAUUUACAAUUGUGUAUUUAUUAUAAUAUUAUCCAUUCUUUAUAAUCAUUAAUUAAAAAUAAAAUGUGUAUAGAAGUUUUUUUUAAAGAACCUUCAAUAAAAUGACUU